UUCUAGAACCCACGUCACUAUUUGGGGGGUGGGGGUUGGGUUGGUUCGGCCUUCUUGCGUGCGUGCGUAUAUAUAAAAUAGUCCCUUGCAGAAAUCCAGAACAUUGUCAUCAUUUAUCACCAUCACCCUCUAAACUAUUGACCUUUCCCUUUUCCCCUUGGAAGUUAUGGUAUUUCAUUUCACACACCUGGUUCUGUUUUGGACCAAUGGAUUCUGAUCGACGCACCUCCUUCCACUCUCGCUUCUUCCUCUUUGGCUUCUAUUGCUGGACCUGGGAGUUCUUAACAGCUCUUCUCCUUUUUAGUUCUUAUUGCUAAAAUCACAACCCCCUUUUCUUCUUCCUUUUUUUUUAAACGAAACAAAAAAAAAGCAUAGGUUUAUUUUAUUUUUUAAAAGAGAGUAAAUUGGUGAGGUAGGUGAAGGGGUAGAUCGGGAAGAAAUGUCGCAGCGGUCGACGCCAGCGCCGUUUUUGACGAAGACGUAUCAGUUAGUGGAGGAUCCUGCCACCGACGACGUUAUUUCGUGGAGCCAAACUGGCAAUACUUUUGUCGUUUGGAAACACGCCGAUUUCGCUAAGGAUUUGCUUCCCAAGUACUUCAAGCACAACAACUUCUCCAGCUUCGUUCGCCAGCUCAAUACCUAUGGAUUUCGAAAGAUCGUUCCUGACAAAUGGGAAUUCGCGAACGAGCAUUUCAAGCGAGGACAGAAGGAGCUCCUCGUCGAAAUCAAACGGCGGAAGACGGUGCCCCAUUCCACUGCAGCGGGAAAAUCCGUCGGCGGCAACAUCUCGGCGUCGAUCUCGGCGUCGAACUCGGGCGGCGACGACAUGGGUUCGACGUCGACGGGAUCGGUGGAGGGAACGACACAGUGCGCGGAUUUAUCGGGCGAGAACGAGAAAUUGAAGAAAGACAACGAGAAAUUGAGCUGUGAGCUGGCGCGCGCGAAGAAACAAUGCGACGAACUCGUGGCCUUUCUGAGGAAUUCUCUGAAUGUGGGUCCCGAUGUGAUAAACCGCAUCACUCGGCAAGGAACUUGUGGGUCCAGCCCCGAUGCGGUGCGUUUUGAUGCUAAUGAUGAUGAUGACGAAGAAAAUGCGGUAGGUGAGUGUGAAUCGAAAGGAGAGAGUUUGAAACUGUUUGGUGUUUGGUUGAAGGGCGAAGAAGAGAAAGAGAAAUUGAAUAUUGCCGCCAAUGGUAACUGCCGCAAGAGAGGGCGCGAAGAGUACCCAAUCGGUGCUGGUGCCAAACAGUUGAAGACUCUUGUCUAGGAUACAUUUCAUGAAGUUCCUCUAAGAAUUUUAUAGGGCUUUUAAUCGUUUCUUCUUAUAUAUAUACACAGAUGGUAAUAGUUGUUAAUUGAUGGCCUUUUGUAGUUUGGUUUGGUGUUGCAGAGGAGCUGCAGGACUAAAGUAGACAAUAGUAAUAAUGAUGGUGAUCAUGUGUAUAACAUUCGUAUGAUUGAAUUUAAGUGGAUGGUGUUUGUUUUGAACUCUUAAUUAAAUGCAUCGUCCUG